AUGUCAGGUGCAGAAGAAGUCGACCAAUCCCUCACUGAGAACCCUCCCCUUUCUUUAGAAUCAUUAGCCCGGCUGGUUUCUAAUAUGUCUGACACAUUUAACUCUCAGCUCGAAAAUAUCUCCCGGAAGUUCAGCGAAUUAGAUAACCGGAUGGACGAGCUGUGUGCCCGUAUUGACGACAAUGACGUAGAUGUUCGUGCCAAGCUUACCCAAGUUCAAUCCUCAGUUAACACAGAUUUAAUUGCAAUACACAGUGACAUUUCCCAACAACAGCAACGAUCCCAAGAGUCCCAAAAAAGUAUUACUAUCACUCAGCGCACACUCAAUGAUACCGUAAAAGCAUUAGGCGAUCGUAUUAGCCUUGUUGAAGGCCAAAGUGCUCGGCUAGCUGCUCUUGAAAACAAAAGUCAAAAUUCUGUCCCUCUUAUUCCCCCACCCACUGUCUCUACAAACUCUCAAUAA